AUGGCCAAUUCAACAUUAAAAAAUCGUACAACUACCUCUACUAAGUCUACCGAGUCUUCACCUUUUACACCAGAUAGUGACCAAAUUAGCCUGAUCUUUUCAGCUAAAUAUACUUUCCCAGUCAAAAAAACAAACAUAAAUUACAAAACGUUACCAAAAUUCAUUGAUAAUACUUUGCGAUAUUUGAAUACAUUUAAUUAUCCUUAUGAAAUGUUUUAUGUUGAAGACGGAAAGGAGAUUGCGGUUUUGAAAGGACUUUGUGAAAGUGACAAGAAUAUUGAUAAAGUCUAUUUUAUUGCUGAUAAGGAGGGUGGAAUCACAACUUUUUUAUACUACAACGUUGACUUCAUGUUACUUAUUGUAUUAGUAUCAUGUCUCACUUGGUUGACUAUCACUGGGUCUUACGAAUCCCAGAUGGCGUCAUGCUUUUUUGGAAUUGUCUUAGCUUUGAGAAUGUUUAGAUAUCUAAGAUAA